AUGGCUUAUAUCGAACGGGCUUACAAAGGUCCUACCGAUCAGAACGCAUCGGUAGAAAAUGAUUCCUCGAAGGUCUCUAUUGCCGUCGGACAAGAGAACCUCUCCGCUGUUACACCGCCGCAUGAGUCCUUUGAAGGGUAUCAUCGGUUCGACCCGACGGUGUCUUGGACGGCCAAGGAGGAGAGAGCGGUAGUGUUCAGGACGGAUAUUUUACUUCUGACCUGGAUUUGUGUUAUGUUCUUUGGCCUGCAGCUCGACCGCGGAAAUUUGUCCAACGCACUUACAGAUAACCUACUUGACGAUUUGAAUCUCUCGUCGAAUGAUUAUAAUAACGGAACUACAAUCCAACUCGUCUGUUUUCUUGCGGCUGAAUUUCCCGCCCAGCUUCUCAUCAAGCGAUAUGGAUUUCGUCGCGUUCUACCCAUUAUGAUGAUGCUCUGGUCUCUAGUCUCUUGGACCCAAGCAUGGAUGACAGGUCGAGCUAGCUUUUACGUUACCCGUGCCUUGAUCGGAGUAUUUGAGGGUGGUUUUAUUCCUGGUACUAUUCUUUUCGCCACGUAUUUCUACAAGACGAGGGAGCUGAGCGUGCGGCUUGCGUUCUUUUGGUCGACACUGAAUGUCGCCCGGAUCAUCUCCUCCCUACUCGCCGCAGGAAUCCUGGAGAUGCGCGGAGUUCACGGAGAGACGGGUUGGUUUUGGCUGUUUCUCAUCGAAGGUCUUCUGACUUUUGUCAUCGGACUCGUGAGUAUCCUCUACCUUCCCAGCUCCCCAACCAACACCAAGAGCAUCCUCUGCCCAAAGCCCUGGUACACAGAGCGACAAGAAGUAAUCAUGAUAAACCGCCUCCUCCGCGACGACCCUUCUAAAGGCCUCACCCACAUCCACGAACGUGCCACCCUACGAGAUGUCCUCCAGGCUUGGUCUGACAAAUCUAUGUGGGGCCUCUAUCUAAUCGGCCUGGUAGCCUACAUCCCCCAAAGCCCCGUACAAGCCUAUCUAUCCCUAACGCUCAAACGAAUCGGCUUCUCAACCUUCGACUCAAACAUGUUGUCCAUCCCCUCCGCAGCCCUCCAAAUAACCCUCAUGCUGGCAUUAUCAACCAGCAGUGAAUACUUCGGUGAACGCACUUUCCACUGCCUCGUCGGCGAAUUCUGGUCCUUACCAUUACUGGCCGCAUUACUGGCCUUGCCUAGCGGCGGACGCGAUUGGGGCCGUUUUACCAUCACCACCCUGAUCUCGGGGUAUCCGUAUUUCCAUCCGAUUGUUUCGGCCUGGAUUUCGGAGAAUACGUUUGAUGUGAAGAAGAGGGCGGUUACAGCGGCGACGUAUAAUGUUAUUGUGCAGGUUGGGUCAGUGGUUUCUUCUCAGAUUUAUCGGGAUGGGGAUAAGCCAUACUAUUAUACUGGGAAUAAGGUGCUUAUUGCGAUCUGUGCCUUGUCUAUGGUGGUAUUCGUCGUUCAGAGGGAGUAUCUCAGGUAUCUGAACCGACAGAAAGAGAGAAAGUGGACUGAUAUGAGUCCGGAGGAUAAGGUGGCGUAUCAGAGUGAUCAGGCUGCGCGGAAGAAUGAGGGGAACAAAAGACUUGAUUUUCGGUUUAAGUAUUGAGUUCUGGUGGGACUGGCGAGGUAGAUAGUAUUAUUUAUUAUUAAUUUAUUUCAAUAUUGUUCAGGAAGAGGACCCUGCAUUAGUGGAGACCGACGGAUUCGCUGUUUGUUGCAAAUGUUGUAAAGUCAGCCCCGGGGAAUAUGAAGUCUUGGGUUGACGACCAGAGAAUCUGCGAGGACAAGUCUUCGUCAACUGUAUUGAUCGGCAUAAAGGAUGACAAAAAUGGUGAAUCCAAAAAUGGUGAAUCCAUCACCAUAUUUUCCGAGGCAAUGGCUACGCUACUUGGAUCGAACAGGAAAUCAGAAGUCAGUUCAUCAUAUGUCGGCUGACUUGGUUCGUUAGGGUUCAAGUAUUGAGCGCCGGAUUGGCUCCCCAACGGCAGCUCGCAAGCUCCAUCCCUGUCGAAGGGAUAUGUGGUUAGGUCUUCAGAAACAGACAGUACAGGAUCAUGCUCGGGGAUUCCACUCCCUUGGCGGUCGUUGUCCCGUGCUUCGCGUUCUCGAGAAGAUACCCGUCGCCUUUUAGUCCGACUUCGAAGUGGUGUGGGCAAAACCGGCUCAACGAGAAGCUGCGCCUCGGC